CGUUUUCCUUCCUCUUCCUGUUUUUCAUCAUGUUCUUAUCAUCCUUAUCCUUAAUGUCUCUAGGGAGUGGCAAGAGAUUCUCUGUAUACAUAGUAUUGGUUGCACUGAUGUUAUGUGCAGAACAAAGAUAUUUAACACGUGGGAGCAGCUCUCCUCCCACAUUAUAUAUGUGAAACUUUAUCUUUUCUACUUUAUCCGAAAGAAAUUGUUCUCCAAUAAUAUCACCAUUAUUGGAUAACCACAGAGGCCGAAAGAAAAGGCAAGGAAUCUGAUAGAGAGUCCAAGAUGAGUGCACUUUAUGGCUAUACAUUAUGUGAUAUUCUGUUUAGACAAUACACCAAGUCACCAAUUAUUACAUUGUUCUACAACCACAAGAAGUCAACAAAGAACAAAGGGCAAUUAAUUAUGUAAGCGCUUUUGUAUUAUAAAAAGAGGGGUUAGUACUAAAAAACAAAAACCAGUAAUUUAAAAAUAGAUCACUCAAAGAUAAUGCAGCAAAAGGGAGAAAAAGAAUGUACACAGAUAAAAAAUAAAUAUAAAAAGCAAAUGAAAAUUUUGAAAAGAUAUAUUGGAUUCAACAAGAUGCUAAACUCCAUUUUGCACUUUUCGAAUGUUCUUUCCCAUACAUAUUUGGAUAGAAAAUCAUAAUUCAAAGCAAAAUAAAACUUAAAUUUCUUGAAGUUUCUUCCCACUCAACUUGUGAAUCCUGUGCUUUAUUUGCAACGAAAUUAGUCACUCAUAUAUACAUUGGAACACAAAAUAUAAAGUUAGUUUUUACACGGAUUAUUUUCUCAAAGCUAACCAACCAUGACUUUGGCUAUUAUCUCAGACUUUUGAUUUCUAUUCUCUCUUUUACAAGCAAGAGCUGGAGAAAAGGAAGAAACUUCCUCAGGAUGUAGAUGUAGCUCUAAACUGUAGUAUAAGUAGAAUAAGUAUUUUGUCAAUCACAAUAAUGCAACCUUUGCAUAAAUAAUACAUAAAACUAUGUACACACAUGAAUCAGGAUGUGCAACUUUAGGAUAAAGCAAGGUAAUGGAGAAUGACUAAAAUAUUUAAUAAGACUAACGGCUUGUGAAUGACUUACAGCUCAAAUCUCCAUUUAUGUGACUUUAGAAUUUUAACAUUGGCAAAAGCUUUUCUAUCAAGCAUCGUUUUUUGGUUCACUGUUUGAAUAAAACUGCCAUCACAAUUGUAAGAUCCACUAAAAAUUGGUCUCACGGCAGAUCAUGAUGCAGAAUCUUCCUCCUCACAUUUCAUAUAUGAUGUUUUUCUGAGCUUUAGAGGCUUCACCAGGUACGGAUUCACGGAUCGUCUCUAUCAUUCUUUGUGUGAGAGAGGAAUCACCACCUUCAGAGAUGAUGAGAACCUCAGAGUUGGUGAUAGAAUUAGAGAUACUCUUCUUGAGGCCAUUGAGAGAUCCAGGAUGUCCAUUGUUGUGCUGUGCCAGAAUUAUGCUUCCUCCUCAUGGUGCUUAGAUGAACUUGUCCAGAUUAUGAAGUGCUCUGACAAAGGAACAAAACGACCAGUUUUGCCAGUUUUUUAUCAAGUGGAACCAUCAGAUGUGCGGCAUCAAAGGAAUCAAUAUGAAAAAGACAUGAUGAGCCAUGAAAACAGAUACUGCAAUGAUUUAAACAAAGUAAAAGAAUGGAGGUUAGCUUUGUAUGAAGUAUGCGGUCUAAGUGGAAAACAUUGUGCAGAAAAUAGCUAUGAAAGUGAUGUUAUCAUGAAUAUUGUUGAAGAAGUCUCAGCAAAAGUUCCUCCUGAACCACUUUACAUUAAGCAUCCAAUUGAUUUUGGUUCUCAAUUUGAAGUGGUGGAAUCACUUUUGGACACUAAAUCUCAUGAUACUCUCUGCAUGCUGAUUCUUUAUGGAGAUGUUGAAACAAAAAAAAGCACAUUUGCAGGGGAGCUGUACAACAAGAUAAAGCAUCAAUUUCAAGCUGCAAGUUUUCUUGAUAAAGUACGUAUAAAAUCAAGGGGGAUCCCCAAUAGCCUAGAAAAUCUCCAAGAGACACUUUUAUCAGGUAUGUGUGUGCAUAAGAAACCAAGAAUAGGCAGCACAUUAAAAGGAUCUUCUGACAUAAAACAAAGUCUGCACAAUAAAAGAGUUCUUCUGGUUCUAGAUGACGUUGAUAGUAUAGAACAAUUGGACUCACUUGCAGGAGGAAGUGAUUGGUUUGGUCUUGGUAGUAGAAUCAUUAUAACAACAAGAGAUGUGAAUGUGCUAGAUAAGUAUGAGUUGAAUGGUGUUAAGGUUAUGAAAUAUUGCAUUGAUGAAGGUGAAUUUAAAAGCAUGGAAGGUGCAAAAUCAAAUCACGAACAAGAUAAGGACCUCCAGGAAGAUAUAGUGGGCUUUGUAGAGAUCUUCAAUGAAAUAGUUGAGAAAUUGAAGGAAAAUGAGUCAUGCACUGAAGUUGUCUCCAUAAUCGGCAUGGGUGGGUUGGGUAAGACUACCCUUGCUCGAAAAAUUUAUAACAAUAAUAAGGUGAAAAAGUUAUUCUCUUGUUGUGGAUGGGUUACUAUUUCUAAAGACUACAAAGCUAAGGACGUUCUCACAAGCCUUGUCAAUGGUUGGGGAUUGUCCAAGUCUACUACUGAAUACAAAGUCUUAAGUGAGAAGGAACAAAAGAGCAAGGUCCAAGAACACUUGGACAGGAACAAGUAUCUGAUAGUGCUUGAUGACUUAUGGGAACCUGAAGUCUGGGAUGAGGUAGAAAGUUUAUUUCCAAAUAACAAAAGUGGCAAUACAAUACUGAUAACUAGUCGUAAUGACGAGGUGGCAAAUUAUACAAGGUCAAAGUCCUACUACCCUCCAUUCCUAGACAAAAAUGAAAGCUGGAAACUUUUCUGCAAGGUGUUUGGGACACAACAGUGUCCUCCUGUUCUCGAAAUGUCCAUUGUUACAAAAAUGGAAACUUUUCAAUGUGGGUUUUUACCUUUAGCAAUUGUGACCUUAGCUGGGAUUGUCGUCAAGAAGAAGAGACUAACAGUUGAGUGGAUGAGAAUCAUGCGCAAUGUCAUUUGGUAUCUUGCUAAGGAUAAUAAUGGAGUCAUGAAUGUGCUAAAGCUAAGCUAUGAUAACUUGCUUCAAAGAUUGAAACCUUGUUUUCUAUAUUUUGCAGUGUUUCCAGAAGAUUAUAGAAUUCCUGUGAAACAGUUGAUUCAACUAUGGAUAGCCAAAGGAUUAAUCCAACCACCAAAAUCUGGAACAUCAUCUGCAGGAAAACUAGAAGAUAUGGCUAAAGAAUACCUGAAUGAGCUGGUGGAUCGUAGCUUCGUGUUGGUAGCGAGAAAAAGGAGUAAUGGAAGUCUGUCAGUUUGCCGGAUCCACGACCUUCUCCGUGAUCUCUGCAUAUCGGAGAGUAAAGCUGAUAACGAGUUUGAGAUUUGCACAGAGAAAGACAUACAUUCCAUGGACAUGAAGAAAUUUUGUAGAUUGUCCCUUCGAAGCCCUGAGUUUGAUGAUUGGCGUUCUUUCACAAACCAAUAAUGGAGAUAUCAAACAAAUUUUGUUGAGUUUCCAGCAAGAUAUCAAACAAAGAUAUCUCUCGGAUAGCAAACAAAGAUAUCAAACAAAGCUAGAUAGCAAGACAAAUCAAACAAAGAUAUCAAACAUCUACUACAAAUUCAAACCACACUAUCCAAAAGACGAGUUUAUAUCUCUCGGAUUUUCAGCAAAAUUUCAAAUAAAAUCAACAGUCUAACUGACCU